ACAAAAUAUCAAAUUGUUUCAAUUUUUCGUUUCUUGUGUGUGGUGUCCUGCUCGUUGGUCAUUACGCUCAAGAAAAGAAAGUUAAUUGUAAAUUAAUAGCUUCUACGAGUAGUCUUGAGAAGGAAUUAUCUGUGUCAGAAAGAAAUCCUGUUAACAAAACAAUGGAAGCGAAUCCUGAGUACAUAGCAAAGAAUUUUCCAGAAUUGAAAAAUGACAGACUGCUUCGUGCUGCACUCGGGAAAGAAGUAGAUAAAGUGCCGGUAUGGGUAAUGCGGCAGGCCGGCAGGUAUCUGCCAGAAUUCCAGGAAGUUAGAGCAAAACACGACUUCUUCACAGUCUGCAGAACACCUGAAUUAGCAUGUGAAGUAACUCUCCAGCCUCUGAGAAGAUACCCACAUCUUGAUGCUUCAAUCAUAUUCAGUGAUAUUCUUGUUAUUCCUCAAGCGCUUGGCAUGACUGUGGAAAUGCACCCUGGUGUUGGCCCUGUAUUCCCUAACCCACUCCAAGACCCAUCAGAAAUAGAUAACUUGCAAGAAGAUGGUGCUGUGGGAAGACUCGCCUAUGUUGGUAAAGCCAUCACAUUGACAAGACAUAGAAUUGAAGGCAAGGUGCCCUUGAUCGGCUUCACUGGUGCACCAUUCACACUAAUGGGAUACAUGAUUGAAGGUGGUGGCAGUAAAACGAUGUCAAAGACUAAGGAAUGGCUCGAGAAGUACCCGAAGGAUGUUCACAAGCUGCUCAGGCUAUUGACCAAAGUCAUUAUAGACUAUUUACUCAUGCAGGUGGAGAGUGGAGCUCAAUUGCUGCAAGUUUUUGAGUCAAGCGCUGAUCACUUGAACAGGGAACAAUUUAUUGAGUUCUCUGCACCAUAUCUAAAAGACAUUAGAACUGGUGUUAGAAAUGGCAUUAGUGACAGAAAAUUGGAACAAGUUCCCAUGACUGUAUUCGCAAAAGGAGCAGGGCCUUACCUAGAUGUUCAGACUGAUUUAGGAUAUGAAACUAUUGGAUUAGAUUGGACUGUGGACCCCAAGGAAGCCAGAAAAAUUGUGGGAAAUGGUAUUACCUUACAGGGUAACUUAGACCCACAAGAUCUGUACAAGACACCAGAGGAGGUCAGAAAUAUGACAAUUGAAAUGGUCCAAGCAUUUGGCAAAAAACGAUACAUAGCCAAUUUGGGUCAUGGAAUAACUCCACAGACACCAUUGGAAAGCAUGAAAGCCUUCACAGAGGGUGUUCACGAGGCUCUGUAAAUAUUUUGUUAUUGUUAUCAAUUUGCAUUUAUUUUUUGUUAUGUGGUGUUACGUUAUUGUAAGAAAAACCUUUAUAUAUUCAUUGAUCAUUGUUACUAUUUGUUUAAAAAAAAUGGGUUAAGGAUAAUAUAUAGAAGAGAAACUGCAAAAA